CGACAGAAAAUACCGAAAUACACUGAUAGAACUUUAUCUAUUAUCCCAUAUAAAAGUUUUCCGCCAUUUAAUAACUUCAUUGAAACCGCACUCUAUAAGUUUAUCAGUUGCUAGCCAAAGAUGUACGACUUGUAAUUAAUUGUUUACGUCGCGUCGGACAGAUAAACUGUACUUAACGAAAAGUGUAAUUCUUGAUUACACUUAAAAAUAUACUGCCGCAAAUGUAAGAGAUUUGAAUAUGAAACAAUUUCAAGUGGAAAAUGCAACUCCAAUGGCGUGAAUAAAUAUUCAUUACACCCUAGUAAACCUCAAGUUUAUUAAUUUUAUGUUCCGGUACACGCUUCAUCUUAUCUAUGAUAAAAGUGUUCAGUAUUAAAGACAAAAUUAUUAGGGGUGACCUUCGACUAUAUUACUUUUGGAAGAGAAUCGAGUGACAAAACAGCAAAAGUUUAACGCUGUAUCGAGACCUGUAGAAACAAGGCGCGUUUUACUCGACGUCAGAAGACAGGCUUCAUGGAUCCAGAAGACAGGCUGGACGAGGAUUUUAUGUUUUACCUUUCGGUCUCUGAACGAAACUGGAAGAAUCUUCAGAAUGAGAAGGACAAGGAGCUGGGCCAGGAGUGGCUGUACAAGCUGACAGCCUUGCAGCAGACAAAGGCGGACAAACGCGACCGCAACGUGUACCUGUCGCAGCUGGCGCUGGCCAUGGGCGACGGUGAACUCAGUGGUCCUUUCCUCAAGAGACCGCCAGAGGGCAACCUGCCCGCACCCUCGGAUGUCUUUGGCCCGCCGCAGCCACGCAUAGAGGUUCCCCCUGAGUUCAAGAAAAUUGAUAAAACUGAGGAUCUCACCACUACGUACACAUCGAAAGACGGACGAACGUACGUUGCCACAAAGUCACUGGGGAAGGAUCACGGUGCUUACACCUACAUAGGGAUAUCCCUUGCUGACAAAGAGCCGCUUUGGGUAGGUGGAGACGCUCCGACCGGCCCAUGUUAUGGUUUCGAGCGACACUUCGAGAGGCCGCAAACUUUGUACUCGAAACCCCGCCCGCGACCUCCGAGUACUAUUUUUGCUAUGGAGCAGGAAGGAGGUGGCGGUGACAGUCCAGACGACACCAAGAUCUUCACUGACUACGUGACUGGAGCCAAAGAUGCCCAGAUGUCGGGGACUCAUGGCAAAGACUUCCAGCCACAAACAGCAGAGGUAGUGGACAAAGAGCUCCGCCUGCCAGAUGCGCCCCAAAAGGAUGGACAACGGAAAUCUGUGGCGCCUUCGGCAAUAAAAUCAGAAGACGCUGCUGAGAAAGCGAAACGCGCAGGGGACGCCCCGGGAGAGAAACAGGUACCAGCACCAAAUCAGUGGGAAGGACUGGACAUCAUGUUUCCAUUGCCAAAGGAAGGGGACACGGCAACAACAAAUACACAACUGGAUAUAUCAGAGUUUUAUACAGCAAUGAUAACAAAUAUUAACAAUACAUUAAGUGGGAAAGAUGAACUCAAUGAUUAUAACAAGGAAAAAGCAGAUGAAAUCAGGCGAAGAUAUGCAAGAGCAAAUAACAAAUUACAGUUGUUUGAGGUUUUGAACAAAACUAAAGAAGCAUUAGUGAAAAAGUUAAUGAGAGUGAAAGAAGAAGAAUCACGUUUCACUGACAGCAUAAAAAAAAUAGAAUUUACACUGUUAUCUAAUACCAUUGACUCAGAAGAUUCUGUGUUUGAAACAGCUUGGAAAGAAGCCUGUAAGGUCCAUAAUAAAAAAAAUUUACAGCUCCUUGAACAAGUGUACAAUCCAGCAGUGAGAGAGAGAAUGGCCGACAUGAUGACACUUCUAAAAUCACGUGCUAUGCACGACAGGAGCAAACAUAUGAAGGCGCAGGCUGCUGCAGCUAGAGAAGACUUCAAACUCCAAACAGAAAGGUUACAAGCAAAAGUUAAGGUAGCGGAAGACCUUAUGAACCGAAUCCAGGGUGUGAUAGACGAAGCGGAGUUACUGAGGACUGCUGCGCCAACAGAGAGCCCUUAUGCAGCCCAGAGAAGAGAGUUGGCAGACAGGUUACUGUCGGACGUGGAACAGCUGACCAACAUGUACCAUGUCGAAUACACUGCUUGCCGGAGCCUUGAAAAGGAGAUAGAGAAUACAUCCGAUAAUAUAUUCUCACAUCCUGAAUUCACAAGCAUCGGUAUGGAUAAUAUGAGGCUUAAAACUGGUAUCGCAGCAAUGCAAGCCCGCCUGAGAGCGAAAUGAAAAAUCGAUAGCUGAGAAACAAGCAGAAAUUUGUAGUUAUCUAUGUUGUAAGUGUAAUAUGAAACCACUGUUAAUUGUCUUUUAUGUGACCUAUCAUUCGAGUGCAGUGUAAAAUAAGUUUAAUAACAGUGAAUUAAUUAGCAAAUAUCAAGCAAGAAAUGUUUAUUACAUCUGUCCUGAUGAGACAUUGAAUGUUCAGGGUUAGUGAAACAAAGACAUUCUACAAUAUUAAGAACGCUAACUCUUACACCAUCAUCUUUUGUGAAUAAAUUGACAUUUUUCGCUUA